AUGCUGCCCACGCCAGACACAUCGCACGUCGACUACGACCAAAUCUACGAACCCGCCGAAGACUCGUACCUCCUCCUCGACACGCUCUCAUCGUCCUCGGAAACCGCUUUCUUACAUUCGCACUUUCGCUCCCACCAUGCUCCACUCGUAGUCGAGGUCGGCACUGGCAGUGGUGUCGUUCUCGCUUUCCUCGCUGCCAACAGUUCCGCCAUCUUCAAUCGUUCCAUCUGCACGCUAGGCACCGAUCUCAAUCGCCGGGCUUGUAUAGCUGCCUCCAAGACCGUGCANAAGGCUUGCGACAACAAAGCUGCACCUUUCUUGACUGUCGCUAAUGCCGAUCUGACUUCUGCACUCAAAGACGGAGAGGUUGACGUCUUGGUGUUCAACCCACCAUAUGUCCCUGCCGAACUGCCGGAUUUGAGCCUGCAUGCGAAGUACAACACUGCGGACACUUUAUCUUCGUCUGAAGCAUUUGAUCGCGACUCCCAUCUACUGGCUUUGAGCUACGCUGGUGGUGUCGAUGGCAUGGAAGUUACAGAGCGUUUGUUGGACGAUAUACCGCGCGUCCUGAGUCAAAGAGGCGUUGCAUACGUCUUAUUCUGUGCUCAGAACAAGCCUGAAGAGAUCAAGAGUAAGAUUAGACAAUGGCCCGGUGCUUGGGAAGCUGAGACGGUUGGCAGCUCAGGCAAGAAAGCUGGUUGGGAGAAGUUGUGCAUUGUCAGAAUUAUGAGGACAAUGGCAAAUUGA